AUGUCGUCCAAGAAGCCUUUUCGAGUCGUCAUAGCUGGUGGGGGCGUCGCAGGUCUUACCCUGGCCAAUAUGCUGCAAAAGUUCGACAUCGACUACGUGCUUCUCGAGUCUCACGGUGAUAUCAGCCCUCCCGUCGGAGCUAGCAUUGGCCUCUUCCCAAAUGGACUACUCAUACUGGAUCAAAUUGGCUGUUAUGAUGCUGUCAAAGCUGUCGCCCAAGAGGGCCAAACCGAGAAGUCACACAUUCGCGCGAGCAAUGGCAAAUCCCUGUCUACCACCAGUUAUAUGGUGGAUCACUUGGAAAAGAGGCAUGGCUACCCAAUGCUAUUCUUUGAUAGACAGUGGCUCCUCAAGGUUCUUUACGACUGUGUUGAACAAAAAGAUAGGAUCCUUGUCAACCAGCGGGUCAAGACCAUCAAGACCACCGAGACUGGUGUCGAGGUUCUCACAGCGAGCGGCCAGACUUUUACUGGUGAUAUUGUGAUAGGGGCGGACGGUAUUCACAGCUCUGUCAGACGGGAGAUGCGCCGCAUUGCUGCUGCCACAAGACCCGGCUACUUCAAGGCUGACGAAGAAGACAAGGUUCCUUGCUACUACAAAUGCAGUUUUGGUAUAGCCAAGGACGUGGAGGGCUGGCCUACAGGCGAGCAGUGCUUUACUCUUGGCCGAGGAAAGUCCUUUCUCGUGGCCUCUGGUCCCGAGAAUCGCUGUUACUGGUUCUUAUUUGUCCGGUUUCCAGAACCCUUGUACGGCAAAGAUAUCCCCAAAUACUCGCGAGAAGACGAAGCCGAGUUCAUGAAAGAGCAUGGAAACCUCCCAAUCACGGAGGACUUGACGCUUGGGCAAGUAUAUGCGAAACGCGAGACUUCAGCAUUGACACCACUACAUGAAGUCGUCUUUGACAAGUGGUUUCUUGACCGCAUCCUGCUAGUUGGCGAUUCGGCACACAAGCCAAACCCUAUUGGCGGCAUGGGCGGUAACGGUGCCAUCGAAACCGCGGCUGAACUUCUGAACGAACUGCUUGAUCUGAAAGCACAACGCCAGGCUGGCCUAAGCAACAUGACAACUGCUGAAAUCAGCGCCAUGUUCAAGCGAGUUCAGGAUGCACGGUUCGAGCGCGCGAAAUUUACAGUUUCAACUUCCCACCAAAUGCAAGCGCUUUUUGCAUACGAGAACCCUCUUCUUUCCGACUUCAUAUGGCGAGUGGCUACGCCGCUAUCAGGCGAGGAUAACAGCAUGCGUAUGCUGUCCGCGAGGAUCAAGGGCGGCAUCCGACUGAGACAUUCUCAAGUAGAACCACGCCCUCACAUGGUUCCGUACGACGUUGAGCUUCCAGCCAAAUCCUUUGGUGCCGCGACACAAUGGGUUGGCCGUGGCUUGCUGGGGGCGGGAGUAGGACUGCUGUUCAACGCAGCACAUUCCCAGAGCGGACGUGUUUGGCUGAGUCGGAUGAUCAGCCAGCCGUCCUUCAACGCGACUCAGAGUCUGCUCUAUUCUCUGGCAAUGCUCAUUUCUCCGGCCCUCAUUUAUACUAUUGAGGGUCACCGGGCAGGCAAUCAAGGCAGCUUGCUGGCACUCCCGAGUCUAGCCACAUUCAGUCUGGCAGCCCAGAGUAUCACUCGAGUCGCACCCGCGUACACUACACUCAGCGCCCUCGAGGUUCACCAGGAUCCAGCCGAUCGUUGUUUGAGCGUCGAUGUCGCAGAGGUGUUGUUCCCAUCAUUGAUCGCGGGCUAUCUUGCCCCAAGUGCCGUCUUGUUGAGCUUGCCUUCAAGCAGCCACAAUGCGUGGCUGGGCCAGCUUUUACCGGCGCUGUUCUCUACGACGACCUUUGUGCUUGGCUACAUUAACAAACAGCGGCGUCUUCACAAGGGUGACGGUAAAACUACUUCGACUUCUGGCGAGGAACAUGUCAAGAAACGUUACAAUGACAGCGACGUGCCAUAUAUCAAGUCAACAUACAAGAUGGCCUUUGCAGUCCAGUCUGUCAUACAUAUUACAUCGCUCGUUUUGUCAUUCCGUCAGGGAAGCUAUAAUAUGAUCUCAGGUUCAGGUCUACUCAAAUCUGGUGCAGGUCUGACAUCUGCAGCUUAUCUGUUACACGGCCUACACUCUCUCUGGAGUCUUCGGUCCCAGGGCUACAUUUCCACCGCGAGGGCUUUGAAGGCCGCCGCCGGUGUUGUCUGCGGGCAAGUAUUGGUUGGUCCGGGAGCAGCACUGACGGGGCUCUGGCACUGGCGUGAGGGCGUGAUCGCGAGCCUGGCAAAAAAGGAGAAUCAUGUAUCUCAAGACAAGAAGCAGGCGUAA